AAACGUCAGGUGAUUAUAGUGGCUCGCAGUAGUGACACACACAUACACAGUAUGUGUUAUUCACUAAUUAUCAUUGUGCUACCAACAUACAGUUGAUUCAUUUAUUUAUCGCUCGUGCAGGAAUGUCGGAACAGAUCACGAGAGAAGAUGCGUUGACACGGGAGGGCUACAGACAUGCGUGUCACAUCAUGCUGCACGGAGACUCUAGUGCCAAACUCUUCGGGAAAAUCCCAAUCAAACACAUAGUACUGAUGCAGAUGCGUUUUGAUGGCUUGCUGGGUUUCCCAGGGGGAUUGGUGAACCCUUCUAAGGAGACGCUGGAGGCGGGGCUUAGCAGAGAACUACACGAAGAGGUGGGCGUGGCUGUGCCUGUGGGCGUGGACAAUCACGUGUCCACCUCCCUUUCUCCAUCCUGCCCUCAGCUCAUCACUCACUUCUACAUCAAAAAGAUGACAGAGGCAGAGCUGAAAGAGAUAGAGAGAGCAGCUGUAGCUGCAGCCACAGACCAUGGUUUAGAGGUAUUAGGUAUGGUCAGAGUGCCGCUCUACUUCCUGAAGAAUGGAGGUGGUCUCCCCUAUUUCCUGUCCCACUCGUUCAUCAGUAACUCUCGGGCCCAGCUGCUCUCUGCCCUGCAGCGCUGCGGGCUGCUGUCCCAGGGGGAGCUGGAGAAGGCUGUGAGACAGGCUGAGCAGAUGAGACGCACACACAGUGGUGAUCCACACUGACAUCAGUUUACACAGCGGUGCCUUUUCACCCCUGGGCUACCGCUACAUCAGUAGCCCAACCCCCCGUUGCCAGCAGAAACUCCCUCUUGUCCUCACCCUUCUCUACCCUCAGUUUCUGAUUCAGCAAUGUACAGCAUGUACUCUCUGUAGAUAUCCUGUGUCUCAGAGGAUCAGACCGGUUUAACAUGGGCCUUAACUGUUUAUCAUAAAUUUACUAACAAUUCCUGACCCUAAAUUCACCUAAUGUUUUUUUUAUUUUUUUUUUUAUCAUUAUUUCCUGUUCUACGGUACUAGUGCAUCAUUAGAGCAAAUAAACACAACUAUGGGAUGCUGUAAUAAUUAUUCCUCAUUACAAUUUAAUUUGUCAUUAAUAUGAACACACAAUUUACAUGUGAAAAUUAAUAAAAUAUUAUUUAUGUACAGUUGCAUAAGAUAAUUGUACAUCAUUUGUUUAUGAAAGUUAGAUAUUUACAAUGGAAAUUGUGAUUGCUGGUUUUAUUCACAUCACACUUGCAGUACUUAGAAUGGCCACAGGGUUUCGCUACCAGGCUGCCCUUUUUAUAAGCAAGUCUUUCUCUUGGUUUGUGGUUUAAAGCUACAGUGUGUUAUUUCUGAGCCACUUGUUUCACUGUACACAAUUCUAAAAAUCUAUUUUUUCCCCCUUAACAGUCCCUUAUCUGCCAUUGGUUAGCAAACAGACAGUCCCACCCCAAACUCACGCCAUUAGUUGCCAAAUUGUUGCAGAGAGCUACAGUGUUUACACUUUUUGGUGAACUUUAUGAGUGGCUUACUUAUUGUCUUACAUCACCUAUAAAUAAGUGUUACACGAUGUUACUAUUUAGAAACAUUUCAUAACACCCAUGAAUAAUGAAAUGAGAGUGCAGUUCACUUUAACUCUCAUUUCAGCUUCCCCUUUCUUGAAGGAAACAGUUCCAGAGAAUUCAUGACUUUCAGAAACUCCAUUACUCAAGAGCUCUUUCUAUGACAUGUCUAGCUCAUAUGAUGGAUUUUACUCAUUUUCAGUAAAUCAUCGUUCAAAUAAUUACAUUGUAGCAGUUUCUUGUAGAACAAAACAUUGCAACCUGUUGUGUUUUAAGUAGUACUUCGCUGGCAAGAUGGAGUUUUAAUAAAGUGAACUAUCUAUGCAGUUGAAAUGCAUUU